UCCGCUUUGGCAAGUGUCGCCCGCGGCGCGGCACGGCGCGCGUUCCCGCACCUCUUAAAACCCACUGGUGUAAUAAUAAUAAUAAUAAAAAAAUAAAAUAAAAAAAAAGAAGACGCCUCGAAACAACCUCCUCCGCUCUCCGUCCCCGAAUCCAAUGCCCGCUCGGCUCCUGGGUCGGCUGCUGCCGGACGCGGUGACGUCAGAGGAGCUGUAGCCAGCAGACGCCUCCCGGUGAGUUUGUUCUGAGACGAGUCGACCAGCGACGUCUGAGCCAUGAAGACGAUCCUUGCUGCAUAUUCUGGAGUCCUGAAAGGCACCGGCUCCAGCGUCCUCUCCUCCCUGCAGGAUCUUCCGUCAGCGCUGUGGCCCUGCAGCUCCAGGAUGGAAAAGCACCUGCAGGUCAUCUCUGUGCUGCAGUGGGUCAUCUCCUUCCUAGCCAUGGGCAUUGCCUGCACCCUGCUGUUGAUCUACAUGUUCUGCACCGAUUGCUGGCUGAUUGCUGCCCUUUACACUGCCUGGCUCAUCGUUGACUGGAACACCCCAAAACAAGGUGGCAGGAGAUCUUCUUGGGUGAGGAACUGGAGAGUAUGGACGUAUUUCCGAGACUACUUCCCCGUCAGGCUCAUUAAAACCCAUGAUCUGCUCCCGAACCGGAACUACAUAUUGGGCUACCACCCUCAUGGUAUCUUCUGCUUUGGUGCUUUCUGCAACUUCGGGACGGAGGCGACGGGAUUCUCCAAGAAAUUUCCCGGGAUCAAGCCAUCCCUGGCAACUCUGGCAGGAAACUUCCGCUUGCCUGUCCUUCGAGACUACUUGAUGUCUGGUGGCAUCUGCCCAGUGAACAGGCACUCCAUAGACUACCUGCUCUCGUGCAACGGGACGGGGAACGCUGUGGUCAUCGUUGUCGGAGGAGCAGCAGAGUCUCUGCACUGUGCGCCCGGCAUGAAUUCUGUCACCCUGAAGAACCGCAAAGGCUUUGUAAAGCUGGCCCUGCAGAAAGGGUCCGACCUUGUUCCCGUGUACUCGUUUGGGGAGAACGACGCCUACAAGCAGGUGAUUUUUGAGGAGGGGACCUGGUGGAGAGCUCUGCAGAAAAGGUUACAGAAGAUGUUGGGUUUUGCCCCGUGCCUUUUCUACGGCAGCGCCUGGGGCAUCGUGCCCUUCUGCAAUCCUAUCACCACAAUAGUUGGGGAGCCGAUCACAGUGCCUAAAAUUGAAGACCCAGAAGAGGAGAUGGUGGACCUGUACCACGGAAUGUACGUCAGGUCUCUCCAGUGCCUUUUUGACAAGUACAAGACCCGCUUCGGUCUGAAAGAGAGCGACAUCCUGCACAUCCAGUGAGAGGACGAGGAGCUCCUGUUGAACUUCGCUCCUUGCCCUGCCUCUGCGGUCUGGUUUAUGUCUGGACAGUGAAACCGUACACAUGUCAACGUCUGGUGGAAAACAAUCAAACGGUUUGCACAGCUGUAGCUUGAGCUCAGGAAAAGAAGUUUGGUUUCAAGAGCAGAGGCCUCACUUUAGAAAUGUUUUUUUUUUUUGGACUAAGUUACACCAAAUACCACAUCAAAAGCUGUGCCUUUUUGGAAGAAGAUUUCUGAUAUCCACUGUCUCAUCAGUGCCAACCUCCACUAGAUGGAGCUGUAAAGUAAUCUGGAAAACCUGCCAACGUCUUCCAUGACCUGCGCAUUAAUAUUCUACUUCUCGUACGCUUUAGAACCAUAGAACAUGCUAAAUGCACAAACAAUGCAAGUGGAAAGCACCACUGUACUAAUGGGUUGACAAGCCCAAAUGUUAAUUGAGCCAAAGAUGUGUUUUGUCCCCUCAACCCCUUCGAAUGCAUUGAUUAGAUGUACACAGAACGUGUAUGUUUUCUACAGGCUCUAUUGACAUGGUUAAUGGACAAUACACAUUUGCCUGUAAUUGUUAUUGCCAUAAAGUAUUAAUUUUAUUCAGCUGAAGGGAUAAAGCCUUUUUGACUUGUUCCUUCAAGAAUAUCUCUCAUGCACGUUUUUUUUUUUUUUUUUUAAUACCAUUAAAAGUUAUCCUCUGGACAUUGUCUUAGAAAAAAUGCCUUUGAUAAUCAAAUUCUGCCCGGGAAGUGCUUUGCUUUAUGCUCUUGUUUCUCUCAUUCCAGGUUUCGAUUUGAGAAAGGUGGCACUCAUCUAUGCAAUGCAAACUGAAAUUUUUCUGUCCUCAACUUUCUUUUUUUUUUUUUAAUUUAGAGCAGCAGUUAGAAAGAUGGGAACCGUUAGAGAACUGAAAACCUGACACCCGAUGUUUCCAGUAUGUCGUGUGUCGCAGAACAGUAGCUUAGGUGUGAUCAAUGAAAAAAGGUAAAUUGAUAUUAACUUGAUUCUUGGUACAUCUUUGAGUUCAGUACUUAUUUGAAACGAGGUUCUGUUGAACCUUUCCAAGGAGUCAAUAGCUUACCCGAAAUAUAACAUGUUUUGGUACAUCCUUCAGUUUGUUAAUCUUGGAGACUUUUGUCUGUAAAGAACUUCAGUCUUAAAAACAUGCCAACUUUAUUUCCAUGAACCUUUAAACCACUGUCAUGUUUGCUUUGGGGGGUUAUUUACUUACACAGGAAAUGGAGGCUGGAGACGGUGCACCACUAACGAUUGUCCUGUGUAAAACAUUUGACGUGCUUAAUUCACAGUAACGAAGAUCACUGAUGCCGCUCUGCUUCCUACCUGAAUUUCCUGUGUGAAUAGAAAUCAGAUGUAGUGUACAUAAUUGCCCAGUGCAAGCAUAGCGAUGGUUCAAGGGGACAUGAAACUGAGCUCAAGGAAAUUGCUGCUUUCUUUUGAGGUAGGUAGUUGAUUUAAGAAAGCAGAAGUCUGCUUUGGUUUUUGCCCCUUGCCAGCUAGUCGUUAGCUGUAGCAUUGACAACUAAUCUGGACUUGUGCAAAAUGUUUGCGGAUGAGAUUGAUUUCUUACAACCUUUGAACAGAGCCUUACUUCAAAUAUGUGGAACUAUUCCUUUAAGUUAUGUCAUAUUUGCAGGCCUUUCUAGCCCCUUCCUCGACAGAACAGGGAAUCUGAUUCAGUAUGGCUGCGUUUUAUGAAUGACUGUAGUCGGUAAGCUUGAAGAGCAGUUUCCUCUUGUCUCAACACUGUGACUUCCUAAGUGAAAUCCUUGUGAUAAAUCUCAGAGCAAUAAAAAAACAGGAGAUGUCUUUAUGAUGAUCAUCUGUAUUCCAUUAUUUAAAUAAAAUUUUUGUAUGUUUUCAAGAGA